AUGCACCAAGGAAGCGCCCCUAGACAUGCCAAGCUGCCCACAGGAGUCUGUCUCACUUCCGCGCACUCUCUCGCCCACCAGGAGGUGCGCUCCACUGAGACUGCUCUACAGAACCUGCGCCAAGGAGGAACGCCAACCGCCAACCAGGAGCAGACACACUCUCUCAAUUCUCUAUGCUCUCUCCCCUCUUUGUCUCUGCGUCUUUCACAUUCCUAA